AUGAGACCUUCGAACCUUGUUUUUGCAGCAGUCGGCCUGCUUUCCUCAUUCGCCACUGCGCAGCUGGAGUUCAAUGUUGACGAUCCAGCCUCUAUUAAGGAUGCGACAAAAGUUGUUGCGGCGGGCUUAAGAGAAUGGUACACUGGCGACAAACCCGGUGAUGUACCUGGAAACUUGCCAGACCCAUACUACUGGUGGCUAUGCGGAGCCAUGAUGAACUCGUUCAUCGACUACUGGUACUACACCGGCGACGACACAUACAACAAGAUUGUACAGCAAGCGAUGGUGCACCAGAUCGGUAUCCCAAGAGCCUUUAUGCCAGAGAACCAGACAAAAACACUAGGAAACGACGAUCAGGCUUUCUGGGGAAUGGCUGCCAUGUCAGCAGCGGAAAACAAGCUUCCAGAUGUCGAAGGAGAAAUGUCGUGGUUGUCACUCGCCAUCGCCGUAUUCAACACACAGGUACCGCGUUGGAAUCCCGAAACAUGCGGCGGUGGACUCAACUGGCAAAUUUUCCGAUUUAACCCCGGAUUCGACUACAAGAACACAAUCUCCAACGGAUGCUUUUUCAACAUCGCAGCAAGGCUGGCAAAAUACACAGGCAACGAGACGUAUGUUGAGUGGGCCGAGAAGGCAUGGGAUUGGCAGUACAGUGUUGGUCUCAUCAGCACAGAUUACCAUUUCUUUGAUGGUACCAGCGAGAGACAAAACUGCACGGAAAAGAACCACAUCCAAUGGACCUACAACGCUGGAAUCCACAUGGCGGGUGCCGCAGCCUUGUGGAACAUGUCAGAAGAACGAGCAGGCAGAUGGCGAGAGCGCCUAGGCGGUGUUAUCAACGGUACCGACAUCUUCUUCAAUCAGCAAGGAGCCCCAGACGUCAUGAUCGAAAUGGCCUGCGAACGCAAUGGACUAUGCGACCACGAUCAACGAUCCUUCAAAGCCUACCUCGCCCGCUGGAUGGGCUGGUCGAUGCUAGCCGCUCCCUGGACCCGCGACCGCAUCAUGCCGAAACUCCGUGCCUCUGCCGUGGCAGCUGCGCAACAAUGUGGCCCCGGAAAAGGUGGUUGCGGUCUUAGGUGGUGGCAAGGUGGAAACGACAAGGAGGUGGGCGUUGGAGAGCAAAUGUCUGCAUUAGAGGUCAUGCAGAAUCUGCUUGUUGAUCAAGUCUCUGGUCCGGUUGGACUUGAUAAUGGUGGAAUCAGUGAGAACGAUCCUACUGCAGGAAGUGAUGUGGGACCUGUGCGUGUUGAGCAUGACUCUAUCACGACAGGGGACAAGGCCGGCGCUGCGAUUCUCACUCUCAUGGUAUUCGCGGUGUUCUUUGGUGGAGGCGCCUGGCUGAUUAUGAGCGAAUAG